CGUCUAUUGGUUAUAGUUAAAUAAAUUUAUGUCAAAAUGAGGCAACUUAAAUAUCAUGAGCAAAAGCUGCUCAAGAAAGUUAACAUUUAUGAUUGGAAACGUGUUGAUACUCACAGAGAAACUAAGAUUUUACGUAGAUACUAUAUUCAAGACCCCGAGGAAUACCAUAAGUACAACAAGCUCGUAGGAAGAAUAACCAAGCUUGUCAGUGAACUUAGAAAAUUACCAGAAGAUGAUUCGUUCAGGAUCAAGAUGACCGACAACCUGAUGGAGAAAUUAUACCAGAUGGGUUUAAUAAGUGUGCGUGGGAAUCUAGAGCUCUGUGAACGUCUAUCGGCUAGCGUCUUCUGUAGACGUCGGUUGGCAACCGUACUAGUACAAAGGAAGUUUUGCGAGCACCUUAAGCAAGCUGUUACUUACAUAGAGCAAGGACACAUCAGAGUAGGACUUGAUGUUGUUAACAUUCCGGCAUACCAUGUCACAAGGGAACUAGAGGAUCACAUCACUUGGGCCCAGGGUUCGAAGAUUAAAGAAAAGGUUGUAGACUUCACGGGAGCGCGUGACGACUUCGAGCUGUUAGGCAACUAACUCCAAAUUAAAUCACAACAUAGGCCGGUAU